AAAGCCCUGGAUCGCCCUCUGACUCAGAUUCCUUAAGUAAUCCCUCUCCUCCCUCCAACCUGCUUACAGCAUCGGAUCUGUAACUGCUUACCUCAUUGCCCUGCAUCUCGAUAUCAUUAGCAAAGAAGCCCUUUUUCGCUCGCAAUUCGUGUUGGAUUGGAUCGUGCCGUGCAGAGUCACUGUCCAAUUCCUUCUCCCACAGCUCACCUCGAUCCAUGCAGCCUGCACUUGCACCAGCGCCGCAUCCAAGCAUGCAGACCUCUGCUCAGGACCAUGCGGACCAGGUCCUGCAUGAUCAGCUUCUAGCUGCCCAGCACCACCUUCAGGGUGGCCGCCCUCAGGGCGCCCCUGGUCAGCAGCAGCAACUCCAGCCCAACACUGCUAGCCCUCGCGACCAGGCAAACAUUGAUCCCGCCAUCUCGGGCUCCAUGCUUGGUGCUCCCCAAACCCCUACCCAGCCACAGGGAUCUCCUCCCUCAGAUGGUGGCUCCAAGAGCUACGGCAAGCGUGAACUGUCUACCUCCAAGCGCGCUGCCCAGAACCGUGCCGCCCAGCGUGCAUUCCGUCAGCGCAAGGAAACUUACAUCCGCAAGCUCGAGGAAGAAGUCAAGAACAUUGAAACCUUCAAAGACACAGUGAAGCAACUGGCCGGCGAGAACUAUCAGCUCCGCGAGUACAUCAUCAACUUGCAAUCCCGUCUCCUGGAAUCUCAAGGCGAAGUCCCCGAGCUGCCAGCAAACAUCGACCUGACGCAGUCUCGCACCGCCGAGAUAGCCCUCGCCGCAGCUGGAGUCCAAAGCACCGGUUCCUCCUCUGUACCACCCUCCGGCCCGCAGCAGGGCCAGCAACAGACCAGCGUGACAGACGACAUGAACUCGCUGAACCGCAUUGCCGUCGCCGGCCUGGGCAUGCGCAAGCACCCAGACGAGAGCAACUUCCUCGGCAACAACUUCCAGCAGAACAAGCGCGUGCGCGCCGACGACAGCCAAGGCGAUGGCUCGGACCCUGUAGGCAAGCCGGAGACCCACGGUCUUCCAAUGGUGAACUAAAGUAUCUAUCUUCAUCUUCACCACUUGCCUGCCAAGUUCACGCGUUUGAUUGCCAACUUUCUUGCGAUCGCUUUUCGAUACCCGCGUCCUAUUUGUCUUUACUGCCUGUUAUCUAGCCCCGGUGGUACAUUUUCUAUUUUCCUUAUAAGGGCCCACCCUCUCUCAUGUGCCUAGCUGGAUCUCUCGGCUUUUUCAUUUUUCCUGCUAUCGUUCUCUUUGUUCUUUGCGUAAUGGUGUGUGGCGCGAACUUUGGUUUCAUCGUCUCAAUUUGAACCCAUUCGGUGGGUCGGUGGUGUUCUGAGAUUUUUCGACCUUUUCUUUUGAUGGUGUUGUGUUCGUGAGUGGAGUAUUUUUAAGCAUAUGUUUCAUACCUUCAAUGCAAUUAUCUUUUAUUUAAUUUGAAUUAGUG